AUGCCUGGGGUCAUCGAGGACCACUCCAUGGAGCCCACCUCGAAGAAGCCCAGGAACAACAUGGAGCUGCGCCCCAAGGCCAAGGCGGCUGUGGGGCCUCGAGGAAACUACGAGGAGUCCAGCUCCGAGGAGGAAGCCUCGUGGCGGUCCUGGGGCAAAGGCAAGCCUGGGAAGAAGGAGGGCGAGCCUGCAGCCAGCAAAGGCGCCAAGGCUGCAGCAGCCAAGGGCAAGGGUGCAACGGGUGCUGCUGCCAAGGGCAAGGGCGAGGGCACCAAGGGUGACCUCAACAAGGGCGACCUCAACAAGGGCGACCAGAAGGGCGACAAGGGCGACCGCAAGGGCGACCUUAAGGGCGACCAGAAGGGCGACCAGAAGGGCGACCAGAAGGGCGACCGCAAAGGCGACCUUAAGGGCGACAAGGGCGACCGCAAGGGCGACCCCAAGGGCGACCAGAAGGGCGACCAGAAGGGCGACCGCAAGGGCGACCUUAAGGGCGACAAGGGCGACCACAAGGGCGACCACAAGGGCGACCACGACCAGCGCAAGGGCGACCUCAACAAGCAGGACCUCAACAAGGGCGACCUUGGCAAGGGCGACCGCCACAAGGGCGACCAGAAAGGCGACCAGAAGGGCGACCUCAGCAAGGGCGACCUCAACAAGGACGACCUCAGCAAGGGCGACCGCAACAAGGGCGACUUCGGCAAGGACGACCGCAACAAAGGCGAGCCCAACGAGCGCGAGUGCGAGCCCAACACGCACCACGAGCAGGACGUCGACAGCAAGGCUCCUGCACCUCCUGGCCUGGCGCCAGCCUCGCAGCAUGCCGAAGUGCAGACCACCCCUCAGCAGACGCCUCGCAAAACCGAGAGCCCUCGCGAGCCCAGCUGUGAGCCCAGCGCCCGCGAGCAGCCCAAGUCCUGGCGGCCUGCCGGAUCGGGUCCCUACCACCCUGCGCAGCCGGCCCCUGGGCUGCGCAGUAACGUGCACAUGUACGCUGACGACGUGCACGUUGACCAGGUCUGGCAGGAGUGGGCAGAACGCCGAGCUGCCCAGCCCGGCCCACCAGCUGGCAACGGCAAGGGUGGCAAACCUCAAGCCUGGACAGACCGCGCUGCUCGACGGACUGACACAGCCGUCGAGCAGCGCCGCUGGGAGCUUGCAGAGUCCUGGUGGGACGGCUACUUCUGCGCCCUGAACAGAGUGCAGGCUUUUGGGCUGCCUGGCGGCGGGAGCCAGCUGGAAGGCCAGAGCGCUCCUCGCCCGUAG